UAGGUAUAUGCACAUUUUCGGAGUAGCAUGACAAUUUAUUAUAAAUGGCACAGUUGUUGAAUAUUUCGUUUAAGAAGAACGACCUUUACUCUUCUUGGGGUUUUCAAGUAUGUGGCGGAAGGGACAGUUGGCGACCAUUGACCGUGAGAAAUAUACAAAAUGGCACUUUAGCGUACAACUAUUUGAAUGUUGGUGAUCGUGUCUUAGAGAUCGAUGGUAUAGACUGUUAUUCGUUGACCGAGUCUCAGGCAAUCAGUUUUCUUCGAAGACCGAGUAAUUCGAUUGAAUUGUUGAUACUAAAACGACGGGGUGAAAAUGUCGUACCACCCAAAAGGUCAUCGAGUUGUAAAGCUUUACAAAAUUUUGUCUUUCCAAAACCACAAAGUAUAUCAAAACUUAGUACUCCUUCUCACCGCCAAAUUAUCAAUAAUAAUAAUGGUGAAAUUUUAGCAAAUUCGAAAAACCAAUUGCGCGAACUUGAGGAUUCGGAAGAAUCUCCAAAACUGCAUUUUGAAGAACCUAACAAAGCAUUUAUCUCAGCACCGAUUAAGAAUGACAAUGAAGUAUUACAGUUUUCUAACUUUAAACCUAGAAGGAAUUCGUUACAAAAAGACGGUGAACCCGUUUGCCUUAGAAGUAGAUCGAGUUCACCACAAUUCUGGAAAUUAAAUGUGGAAACUUCGGUCACUGGACUACCUAAUGAUUGUAAAAGUUUUUGGAAAAAAUUAGAAAAAUGUUCAAUGGAAGACUUGAGCGCCCGUCGCACUCCAAGUCCAAUAAGACCAGCAAGUGUGGCUUUCUAUCCCAAAACACCAGAACCUAUUGUUCAGUCACAAGUUGAAAUAGUUUGGCCAAAGAAAAAAGUAACUUUCAGUAAUGUAUUGUUGGAGAGAAAUUAUUUGCAAAUGGAUUUACCAGAUUUAUCUCCUGGAUCAAGAGUCGAUGAAGAAUUCAAUAAAAUAUACAACAGUUCCAGUCAGGAAGAACAGCAUCAAAUAGGAGCGAACGACUUAGCCGAUAGAGAUAUGUCCGCACCACCCCCGCCAGCGCCACCACCACUGCAGUAUUCUGGAGGUACAACUCAAGGUGGUCCACCACCACCUCCACCACCACCAAUGUUGCACAGUGGACACAUUCCAGCUAUUAGAAUAAAAACUGAGCUGAAUGAGCCUAGGGAAAUACCAUCAACUAUACAAAAUGCAAUGGCUACUAAAGACAAAAAACCAUUUACGUAUCUUCCGGGUGGAUUAGACUUGAGCGAAAUCAGAAGUCCUCGAAUGCAAAGGCGCUUAGAAAGAAAUGCCCAGACUCCACCUAGCCCGGAACAAGUACCUCAAAAAUCUCCAGAUUAUCAGCAACAACAAGAGAUGAAUCUAAACGUUGAACAAAAACCAGUGUGUAACGUGCGCUCUGCCGCAGAAAGAGUAUGUCUAUUGCCUCAAGUUCAGAAACAACCACAAUUGAAUAAGUCGCCCACACCUUGGAUGCAAAAGGCUACGCAAAUUCAACCGUCUCCAGCUCCGUGGACUCAAAACAAAAAAGAAUAUGUUGAUCAGGUUGAUAAAUCAGAAGAACGAGUUUUACCUGUACGAGUUGAAACUAAUAGACAAAUACCAACACAACCGUUGAAGAAUAAUAUAAACCAUUCAUAUGAUUCUGAACCGAUACAAGGACGUUCAUUUAAAGUGCUCCAACAAAUUACCGAGCCAAAAGGAAUGCUUUAUGAUGGUUCUCAGCCCUAUAAUAGCCAGUCAUUACCCUUGUCUGAACUCAGAAAGUUGCAGUUAAGUGAUGACGAUCGAUCUUUCAUGAGUAGGGUUAAAUCUCAAGUUGAUGAUGAUAAAUUUUUACACAACGAAACGGAUCCUCGUUACAAAGGUGCGUCGAUUCCAUCUAGAAGCUUUCGAAUGUUGCAAACAUUAACGAACUCUGCACCGGUUCCAAUGGAUAACAACUACAAACAAUCGGUACCGAUUAACAAUUACGUAUCAGUUGAACCUAUAGAAUCCAAAAUGUAUGUACCACCGUCAGAGAGACCUGUCGGCUCAGAACCCCAUAAGUAUACAGGUGGUUCUAUACCAUCUAGAUCAUUCAGAAUGUUACAAGCUAUGACUGGCCAAAAUAACGAAGAAGAAGAACAACAAAAUGAUUUACAAAACCUGCAAUCACAUACCCCUUACCCUUUUCUUUGUCCCGAAUUUUGGGAACAUUACAAUUAUCUAAAAGAAUUUCACGAUUGGCAUUGCACUGGUUCUGCAUUUGUGAUCAAUCAGCAGCAGCAGCAACAACAACAACAACAACAACAAUUUACACUCCAACAACCGGUGCAGACCGGCGUCGCGUCAGUGGUAGACAGCACCGUUUAUGCUGGCCACGUGUUGAAUACUAUCGCCGAAGAAGAAGCCGCCGACGACGAGAUCGUAUGCUCACCAUGCUGUGUGCCGGACAGCGACGAUAGCGAUUCGAGCCAGUGUGAAGUGACGGUAACGGUGACGUUACCGCCGAAGAGAGCUGCCGCCGAGAUGACGGUGAGCAGAGAGCUACAGGAAGGAGUAUCGGCUAGUUCACCGGUGGACUUUUGGCAGCAAAUCAAUAACGACGGUGCAGAUGGGUCGGCCAACACCGCGUCUACGUCAGAUAACGACGGAUGUUCAAAUGACGAAAAACCGUCGGACGCCGUUUGUCUGCCGGAGAACCUACUGGAGAAAUCGUUGGGCGCCAAUAAUUGUCUGCCCGAUGACGAUGCGGUCGGUGACUGCCGACAACCAUCGGAUCGCGACGACGAUGCUGACUCGGGCAUUAUUACAACAACGUCGUCAGCCGACACGGCAAGCCGGCCGACUUCGGACAAAGAUACGGUCGGUGGCGGCAGAACCGGAGGCGUCAGCUCGAAGAAAUAUCAAAGAACGUGCACGCACUCGCGCCUCUUCGACUUUUUGCAGCGCAACGAUGAUGACGACGAUGACGACGUUGAUGGCGCAGACUUCAGCAAAGGCGGUACGGACGCGAGAAACAAACCCCCCCCACCGCCGCUGUCGUUGUCUUGCACUUCCGGUUACUCGUCAGCGGCUACCACACCGUCCACGCCGUCCAUCGUCGGAAGAAACCGGACUUACGAAUCGGACUUGGCCCGGACGGAAUAUGACAGUUACUACAAGAGCUGGGAGUACGCUUGCCCGUAUUUCGGAUACGACAUACUGCCGUCGAAGGCAUUCAAAACUAUCGCGACGCAAUUGCAGGGCGGCGGCGGUUCUGCGGCAGACUACAAGCUCACGACGACUACCACCACCAAGUUCAAGUGUCCCAAAAUUCCUACUGAAAAGGGCGAAUCUUGAACACGUCUUUUCUCCCAUCCCUAUACCCCCGCACUUUUCAUUUCUAUCGUUUGGGUUUUUUUUACGAUUUUAUAAGGUAAUUUAGGUGAAUCUGAUUUCUGAUUUGGAAUUACGGUAACUACAAUCAAACUGCUUUUACGUUAAAUGAUUUAUAUUUUUACGGUUUACACAUUUUUGCUAUAUUCAUAAAUGUAUAAAUAAUUUUAACUAUUUAGUAUUUUAGGUAAAUUGAAGUUAUAUUAACACAUAAUUCUAACUUAAUAUAUUUAUGUC